GUCUGCAUCCGUUUAGUGAGUGGACCUUAGGUAGCCGAAAGCUUCACCAAGCUUCGCCGCUUCAAGGCCGCUCCGAUUCCCUCCUCUAUUCUCCCAAGGGGAAGGCAAGCUUUUUUUUUUCUUGCUUCGCAGCGAGCCGCUUUCAUCAUCCACCCGCACAAAACCGCCGCCCCCCCAAAAUCUCCCAAACUACCGAGAAAUAACCAAAUCACCGUUCUCAGCUUUAAUUAAUCGCGGGGACAUUUCGACAUCACACACUACAGUGUGCAUUUUGACGGCACGUCAAUCUCUCUCUCUCCUAAUUUGCUGUGAUACUCGCGCAAAAGAAGAGAAAAGAAAAAGAAGCUUCGACCUUCCACGUAGCCUUCAAUCUUGCAGCCUUAUCUCCGCAUUCUCUCUCCCUCGAGAUCCGUCAUUUUUUAAACCGUCCAACUUUUUGACGUGCACUUGACACCGUCUAGCCAAACGCCGCCAGGAAGCUUCCCUCUUGCUCCUCUCGACUAUAUCGGUUAACGAGCAACCUACUGUAUAUUUGACGGCCCGUUGUGCAUCACUACAAACAUUCUUAUAGGCCACACGAAAGCAUAUAGCUGUCAAGAUGUCGGGCGAAGCGUGGUUAUACCUCUUCGCCGUGCUCAUAAAUGCCGUCAAUCUGUUCCUCCAAGUAUUCUUCACGAUUAUGUACAGCGACUUAGAAUGUGACUAUAUCAACCCUAUCGACCUAUGCAACCGUCUCAACACCUAUAUCAUCCCCGAAGCUGCCGUGCACGGAUUCCUGACUUUCUUAUUUUUGAUCAACGGAUACUGGGUCGCACUGAUUCUCAACCUACCGCUUCUCGGCUGGAACAUCAAGAAGAUUGUGGAUAACACUCAUCUACUGGACGCAACCGAAAUCUUCAGGAAGCUCAACGUGCACAAGAAGGAGUCUUUCUUCAAGCUGGGCUUCCACUUGGUCAUGUUCUUCUUCUAUCUAUACAGCAUGAUCGUUGCCUUGAUCAAGGACGAGACGAAAUAAAUUCUGAAAAAGAUGGGAUAAGCACAAUGAGAAAUACGACGCAAACGAGACACCCGAACGGAAAUGACUCUAAUGAGCCACGAAUUACACAGGGUCUCCGGAUCCCCGGCGGGAAGGUUGUGAAUCUAAACAACCUUGGAGCGAGCCUUAGAGUAGUGGAUUUUGCUGGGAAAGUGAAGGGUUAUCGGACGAUUUGAUCAAGCGGGAUAGAACGUGGUCCCUUUAUAGGGAUCGAUAUGUCCCCGUUUUUCUCGUUUGAUAUGUGCGAUACCAUAAGAUUGGGAUGAUGAUGGCGACGAUGGCAAGCGACCUGGGAGUAGGUCAGGUCCCCUGUUGAAUUAGCAGCAUGUGCAAAUUUGUUUCGGGCAGGAGAUUCUCAUAGGUAAUAAAGUUACAAGAUAAUACCCCGAUUUAUACGAGCUUGUUCAGUUUAAAAGCUUGACUUGACCUGUCUUAACAACAGGAUAUAUAUAUUGUACGAAGUAAUGAUACCGAGAUGUAUGAAUCGAUUUAUAAGAUGAGAUGUACGAAGC